AAUUUCAAUUGACAGUUAGAUUAGGAACUAAUGAUUAGUACUGUUUGAUAAUAGUGUUAACGAUGAGCCAAAAUCAACGAAAAAAGCUUAUGUUUCAGUCGACUAUCCUAUCGGAGGCCGAAAAUAAAUUAUUGGAAAAUCUUAUUGAAAGUACCUCUCAGUCACAGUACGACACGGUAUCUGAGUUGUAUGUAACGGAUCCGCCAAAUAAUAAAAAAUGGAAAAAAUUAAUCACAGGUGUGGUCAGUAUUGAGAAGGAUUACAGCUCACGAUCUUUUUGGAUACGAGUCUACGAUUUCGGCAAAAAGUGCAAACACUUUGAACAGGAAUUACAUCACACUGUAGAGUAUAAGGUGAAGAACUCACAGUUUCACACAUUCAACGCACCCGACCGUAUGGUUGGUCUAAAUUUUGCCUACAAAGACGAGGCAAAAGGGUUCGGCAAUAUAGUUACCGCUACAAAGUCUAAACAGUAUUCACGUUUUGAACAAAUGGGUUGGACAUUGAAGUUUGGCUUUCAAAUAACCAAAGCACCGGCAGAUUUAAUAACGUUUCUCGAGAGAGCCGGUGCUGAACAUCUGGUUAAUGAACCACAAACUAUGAACUAUAUAUUGAAUUUUAUCGACAAGAAUGGAGGACUGGGAAGUAUACAAAAGGACAACCAACUUAUUAAAAUAAAUCCUCCGAUAAACAAGAAAAGACCAGCACCGCCUCCACCAUCUUCGCCUACGGCUCCACCACCUCCUCCGCCACCUCCUCCGCCACCUCCUCCGCCACCUCCAGGAACGCCUCCUCCACCAUACAGAUCUCCCACAUCAUCAAUACAUAGUCCAUCAUCUCCUCCUACACCGCCUCCAUUACCUCCAGGAACACCACUUCCACCGUACAGAUCUCGCGAAUCAUCAGAAUCUCCUCCCAGUUCGCCACUAAAUCCUCAUAUAUCACCAUCUCAUACAGUUUUGCCGCCACCGGCACCGGGAAGUUUCACAGAUGAUGACAGAGAAAAAAUUCAUAAAAACAUGGACUGGCUUCGACCGGUGCCCGGAAUAUCGCCCAAACGGGAUACCAAUGUACAGCCAUUAAAAAGUCCGGGCGGACGUGUCAUACCUCCACCCGAACCGACACUUCACGAUAAACAUAUGGAUGCGAUACAACAGUUUGAUAAAAGUCAACUCCGAAAAGUGAGGCCACCAAUCGGUGAGCCGACAAUGACUACACCUUAUGGACAGACAAGACCAAAGUGGAUGGUUAUUGACAGCGCAGAUCUGGCUGCGGAGGAACAUAAAAAACAAAAUGAAAGACCAAAGUCACCGCUUUGGGAGGAAACUGAUCGACAAAUACCCAGUAAUGUAACAACAAUUAAACAACAGUCAACUGACAGCUAUGGAAGUCAAGUAAAAUUGAUUCCACCGGAAGAUGGAGAAGAAUCAAAUGAAAAUGAAGAAGACACGAGACAUAUGGCUAAGUUUAGUUCUGUUGAAGACCCGCCCAAUUGGUAUAAUGUCGACAAUCAACCUAAAAUCAAUGACAAGAUAUCACCGCCAGCACCGUAUAAGUAUCCAUAUGCUGUCCCGCGGGCAACACAACUGGCACCUAGAGAUCAGAUACUAUCAGAUAUAAGUUCAUUUGAUAAAAGUAAACUUCGACCGAUUGGAGGCGUACAGAGAGAAACCAAAACUGAAUCUCGAGAGUCAACUGAUAGUCAAUCGUCAACCAGUAGUAGUCAAACACCACCGAAACCGAGUCCCGAUGAACAGCUUAACAUUCAUGUCAAACAAUAUCAUAAUCAAAUUCAAAUGGCACCGCAGCCUCAUUGGCAACAACCAUCUUAUCCAACGCCUCCGCCUCCAGAGAAAUAUCAGAGGUUUCAAGUGCCUCCAUUUCCACCUCGUUCACCACUUAACCCUUCUCUACCAGGACACCGGAGGAAGCCUCCUGCUCCUCCUCCUCCUUCUCCUCCUCCUCCUCCACCACCACCACCACCA